UCUCAAAAGUUCAACUCCUGUUCAUUUUACUCGUUGUGAUUGCAAAAUGUUGUUACAACUGUCCAGUUCCCAAACACAGCACAUUCUCCUCUACUCAAUAUGGAAGUUACGCGAAUUAUCUCAAAGCUUUGUAGUUUCAUACUAGCUUUCAUUCUGCUUACAUCUUGCAUCUACAUCUACAUCUUGCAUCUUGAAACGAGCACCGCCUUUACAUGUCUGUCUGCAAGCAGCCAAGUAGUCAAACCAGUCCGAAUAUUUGGAACAUCACCUCUGCAAGACGUUCACAGAAGUAAACUCAUCAGCUGUAGUUGUACAUAGUCAUGGAUGUUGAACCUGGCUGUGGAAACAAUAAUGGAAACCUUAAGCCUGAACCCGAACCCACCAAUCCUGAUUCAACAGAGGGUGUGCCAGAGAGUCCCAAACCAAGAAAGAUUGUAGCCUUCACAGCCAAACUAAACAUUUGUGACAGCUACCCAACUCACAGCAGUAUCCUGAAGUUUGCCAACGUCCUGGUCAAUGAGGGAGGCGGCUAUAGUACUCAUACAGGAAAAUUCAACUGCCCACUGGCUGGCUUGUACCACUUCACAUUGCAUAUGUCCACCUACGGCCGCGCCCAGUGUAGUAUCUUAAAGAAUGGCCAGCGGGUUGUCUCAGCAUACCACACCAGCCUGCCAGACAAAUGUUGCCAGGUCGUCAGCAUUGGUAGUGUGAUUGAGCUCACUGAAGGAGACCAGGUUUGGGUUAAUCUGUGGGGACCUACAAGACAUGACAUUUUUGCUACUGAAGACAAUGACACUGUGUUUGUUGGGUUUCUUUUGGUAUAAUAACUUCAUUGCAUACUAAGAGGGUGUCCUGAUAUGUAUUUAUUUAGUGCCAAUUUACAUGUGUUCAACUCCUCAGUGGUGUAAUUAAAUUGAUAAUGUAUUUUAUCGGUUAACAACAACGCAUUUUUUACAUUCUGAUAAUAACGCGUGUUGGGUGUCAUUUAGUCCUCCACAGCAGUUGGCGCUGCAACUAAUAAACUGCCAUCGAAUUCUCUAACAUUUUGUGCGCGUGCGUCUUGUUUUCAUCGUGGAAGCGGGAGACAACGUUGCUAGCUAAGCCAGAAAUUCUGAGUUGUUCAUAUUUCGUUGAUUUUGAUUUGUAAACCAUUUUAAAUGGAUAUAGAGGGUGGUACAUAUGAACCCGGAUUCGUUGGGAUUCGAUUUUGUCAAGAAUGCAACAACAUGUUGUAUCCCAAAGAAGACAAGGAGAAUCGAAUCCUGCUCUAUGCCUGCAGGAACUGUGACUAUCAACAAGAAGCAGACAACAGCUGCAUCUAUGUCAACAAGAUCACCCAUGAAGUUGAUGAGCUGACGCAGAUAAUUGCAGAUGUGUCUCAGGAUCCAACGCUACCCCGGACAGAGGAUCACCCCUGCCCAAAGUGCGGUCACAAGGAGGCAGUGUUUUUCCAGUCCCACAGUAUGAAGGCUGAGGAUGCCAUGAGGCUGUACUAUGUCUGCACGGCCCCUCACUGUGGACACCGCUGGACGGAGUGAAGAAGAGGUCAGAUGUAUGCAUCCACAGCGUCUGCUGUCACCCAACAGGCUACUGUGUCUCACUGGUUCACUGUGGCUUAAAUCAGAAUGACUGAUCGUUAUGUGGUUCUAAAAUAGUCAGCCAAAUCAGAAACUUUAUUUACAGGAAUACUAACUUUUUGUGUUAGUUCUUCAUCAUCUUGUUGGAGUGUAUGUCGUGGAACUGCUAAGAUUUGUAUGGACCACUUAAAUCCCAUGUAUUACCUUGUUGUGGAGGAACACCUAACUGUUGGGACAUUGUGUUAAUAAUGUAUUAGCUCUAGUACUUUUUUCAGGUAUUUGUCUUAUUAUAUAUUUUUUUGAACUGGGAGAAAUAAAAUAAAAAAUACAACUUU